CGACAAUGGACUCUCAGGCCACACUCGUCAACCCCACUGAAGGUGUCCCGGUUGGUGUCCGCACCGUACUCGCCUUCGAUCACACCAUCACACCUCUCUCUUCUUCCACCGCUCGCGUUGUUCCGAGCCGCGCAGCAGCAUACGCUAUCGACACGCACAAGUCUUUCGCUUCGAGUAAAACGAUUAUCAAGAAUCUGCAGACCGACAAGGUUGUCGCGACAAUCACGCGGAGUGACGUAGUUUCAGACACGAUCACCCUCGUUUCUUCUGGAGAUGGAGCGACUGAGGAGAAGCACAAGUUGGAGAAAUGGUUGAAGGCGCCUAAGUUCCGUGAUUUCCCUUUGACGUUUGAGAUCGCUGGAAGAGAAUAUCACUGGACAGUUGGCGCCGGAAAGACACUCAAACUCUCCGCGGCCAGCGAUGCUGACACCACGCUCGCUUGGCAUGAGCCCGCUACGGGUUCAGGAGGCCGCCUUCUGCUGACGCCCGCGGCAGACGAGAUACGCGACCUUGUGCUGGUAUCAUGUGUUGCCGCGCUGCAACGCUGGGCAGCAAGCAUUCGAGCCGCCCAAUUUGGUACUGCCGUGGCUAGGGAUGACCGGUUUGGACCUUUGUGACAUUUACGACGCAGUACAUUAUUUCAAGCUGAUGCUGUACAAUGUAACCUUUGAUUGGCUUUAGUACCGGAAAUGACACUGCAGUCGUCGUUUAUCCAGUUUCUGUCGCGAAGCUCUGGGGCCUUUGAUAUGCAUCUCAUUUUCAGCGUGUUUCAACCGAC